AAAUGGGAACGCGCGCUGAUGUUGCUCCUGUCACGACAACAGGCGCCAGUAGUGACCGUCUUUAGUCUCACUCUUUCCAUGGUAGCUCCUUGCUUCAAAUGGGGCGCCUUUCUUCUAACUAUGCUAUUUCUAUAUGUGCCUAGUGUAGCAGUACAGUUAGCAGCUACUUAGCGAGAUAGAUGAAACGUGUGGGCUCGACGUAUGUACGCGCGCCGUGCCAUCUGUGCCGAGUGUACUAGUACCACUAGAGACAGGAACUCCGUAAGUGCAGUCUGGCGAGUUGCUCUGAAGUCAAUCACAUCACUAUGAAGCACUACAACAACAUGGCGCAGAGAACGAGAAGGACGAGCUUCAGAAAUCUGGCAGCCCGAUGCUGUCGCAUCGUAACCGGAUCCAGAGUUGCUUUGGUUGCUUCAUGCUGGUGCCUUUUUCUUACCGUUAGCUGCGGUCGCUGCAGCACCGACACACCCACGCGCACGCAAUUUGCGUCUGUUGGCGGACGUCUUGGCUGAUACUCGAAGCUGGCCACCUGUUUACUCGCGGGGUUCUCUUUCAGCGCGUGAGAAGAGCGUCGCUGGUGUGUGUUCGUGAGAGCGUAAGAAAGGGAGAGUCUGUUACAGAAAGAGAGACAGAGAACCAACGAGAGACCCUCAGCAUCCUGCGGCCUGGCUGUCUUCUUCGCGCGGGUGUGAUUGUGAUCCAGUCUCAGACCCAGGGAGCAGCUGGAGCGCGAUGGCCCUCGAGAUCAAAAGCCAACUUUUGCGAAGCCUUAAGCCAAAAGCUCCUGCUGUUUACAUUAACGAAGCAUAAUGGUGCCGCUGUGUUCAUCUUCAUGCCCGUCAUCAACGGGCUUGGCUUUGUCUGUGUGUGUGUGUGUGUGUGUGUGGUGGACUUGCUUCGCUACAUUUUCAUCGUCUUGGGGCCUUUGUCUUAUGUUGUUACCUAUAGGGAAACGCCGGCAGUGUUCUGCGUGAUUUGUUCUGUGCUCAUCGGGGCCAGCGCUGCGCCACUGGCUGGCUUCUCCCGGGGUCGGGCUGGGGCUCACCUCAGGGCUGUUCGUUUUUGCUGGAAUACAGCCACAGUAGAGCUUUCCGAGUGUGCCGCGCUUUAUUUAUAUGGUUUGGCAACUGGACAGAAGUAGAAGAGGCCACUUGCCUCUGCUUCUCUUCGAUGCGAUAUUGGUAUCGAAGAGGUGGGAAGUUAGUGAGAGCAACAACUGGGCUGCAAAGUGCCCGCUUCUUGCGCGAUCGACGAGAUUAGUAUGCUUUUUAUCGAAAAGCAUGCCGAUUUCAACAAUUCCAGAUCUCUUGGGAAUGGGUCCCAGCUUGCCACAAUCUCGCGGCAAAGUGCUGGAGAAGUCACGCAACUACUUAAAAGAACCAUCCUGGCCACGUCAAUCGACGAAAAUCAUAUACAUAAACGCGAAAAGUGUCUGGAAAUCAUCCAACGCCAACGCCAGCGACGUGGCUGCGGGGCAUAGUCGGAGGGCCCACAUCGUGGCAAAAUCGAAAAGAAUAAGAGAAGCUGCAGAAAUCCGCAUGAUUUUUGCGUUUUUGUUGCCAGAUUCUGCAAGUUUUUAUCUACUGCUGGAUACUUUUCGCGUUUAUCGAUUUUAUUUUCGUCGACUGACUUGGCCAGGACAGUGCUAUGAAGUAUCCGCGUGGCCACUUCUUCCACUUUGUCGCGAGUUUGUUGCUGGGAUUCAUUCGCAAGAGAUCUCGAAUUGUUGAAAUCGGUAUGCUUUUAGAGAAAAACCACACAGAAAUCGGCGAUUAAGGUGCCCAGGCGAUGCCGCUUCGUGUCUGGUCUUUGUUUUGUCUUCUGAUGUGUUCGCGGUUGUCUUGGUUGAUUGUUCGUAGGUUCGCUUCGGUGUAUUUUGUCUUUCUGUUACGUUCUAAAGGUCUUUGCUUAUUGUUUUGCAGUGGCACGGGAAACAAUAGAGUGCCUGGAUAACCGGACUUGUUGAAUUCCGAAUGCUUUUCGUGGUAAUCCAUAUCGAUUUCGUCGAUCGAGGGCGAGCAGAUGGCUCUCGUCUUCGUUUUCUCUGUCUUCCAAGUAGAUUGACGCGGUUCUUGACACCUCCGCAGAAACGUCUCGUUUGUUCUUCUGCAAGCUGUGUUGUCUUUUCUUAUCUCUGGUCUGCUCCAAUGAUCCAACAAAGCCAAGCCCUUGGUCUUAUGAGAUGAGAAGCGCCAUUCGCUUCUACACGUCAGCAGGAGCUUUUUCCUACUCUGAUCUUUUCACUUUCCAAGAAUUUAUAUAGAAUUUUUUUACUUAGUGCCUAUCAGGCUGCUCCAGCUUCAAUGAUAGUGUUUUACUUAUUUCAGGAAGAAGCACGUGCUUAAGUGGAUAACCCCGCAGCGCACCCGGCUGCGUAAUGUAGUCGCCGGGUCUUCUGCGUCCGCUGUGACCAGUACCCCGCGGAUUCUCUUCGGGCUCUAAUUGUGUUCAUCGCACUCGGCUAAUCGUGUGACUGUGAUUGAGGCCACUACUGCUACACGUCCCCGUGCUGAAUUCAUACGCAGGAAGGCGAUCCUCUGCGUCAAAGUUCUAGAUGGUGACCCUCAGCACUACACCAACAAACGGAUAAGGACAGAGAUCAGCUUGUUGGCUUGAUUUUGAAGAUCUUGAGAAUAGACCUCCGCAAUCUAGCGUGGUCUUCCUUAUCCUCAACUUUCUAACUAUAUUUUGACCGUAUUGAAUUCGAAGUUUCUGGCUGUGAUUUCUAGCACUUAGAAGCAGCAAGAAGUUUUAUCAAAGGACAUACCUGAAACCGUGGCUGUUGUCUAUUAUUUUCACUAACUCAGCCCUUACUUUAUUUUUCUUAUUUUCGUAUACCUAAAGCCUUACUCUCAGUUUUUUACUUUUGAAAGCCUGACUUGAAUGUUAAUCAAAAAGUCAACUUCUGGCAAAAUCCUGGACAACAUCCAGCAAGAUCUGGGGCGGGGGUUUGGUGGACGUGUCUGUUUGUAAGAUUAUUGGUCUUCUGGUGUUCGCUGGGAUCUUAUUUGAGUUCGAAACUAUGUAACUGCAUGAAGAGAGUCGAUCUUUAUGCGCUGGCCUCUUCUUUCAGAAAACGUCGCCACUUGCUACCGUCAAGCGUGACGGUCUUGGAAUGCGAGUCGUCUUGUGGAGGGAUCUUUGCCGCGGAUUUCUAUCGUUCCUGAUUUUCGUCAGCUUACAUUCUCACUCGAUCUCGUAUCUCAUUAGCCGAGCUCUGUGGCUGCUGCUCUGUGAGUUGGUUCUUAAUACAGAGUAGCUUAUAGCACGCAUGGCGCGUGGAGUGCAUGGAGUAGCAUGGAGUGCAUGGAGCGCAGAGCUUUAAGGGGCGCAAGAGGCUCCCCCUUUAGCUCCAUGCUACUCCAUGUGAUCCAUGCACUCCAUGCCAUGCGAGCUGUGAAGCCUUAUAAAGUUCUCUAUUAGCAAGAACAUUUGAAGCAAAUCAUCUCGCACGCGAAUGAGGCAGAGCCUCUAGCCUGUUCGUCUUUCUUCAUUUGGCAGGUGCGUUGCCGUCGUUCCCUUACAUGCAUCUGCAAAGAGAAGCCCUCUGCUGCACGGCGGUCACCUUCCUGAUCUAAAGAGAGCGCUGCCUUGGAAGAGCUUGGGGCAGCUUUUGAAAGUAUACGUCAUCGCGGUCCUUAUCCACUGCAUUCCAAUGCGUUCAGCUUCCGACUUACCUUAGCAGUACUGGGCAACUUUUGCGCCAUUGGGUGCCUUGCGCUUUUGUAGAAUUCACUUUGCGCUUGAAGCGCUCGCUUCUGCUCUUCUCUCAGUCGCUCGCUCCUGAGCAUUGAACCAUACGCAACUGAGUCGCUCGGGACUCAAGACGAAACUCCCUGGCGUGUCUCUCCAGCUCGUUCUGCUUGUGCAGCUAAGGAACAAACUGAGACGUGUCGAGUGGCUUUUUGCUCUGGUAGCUCAAGAUAUUCUUUUAUCUUUUCGCCACUCCUCUCGCGCCGUUGUAGGGUGAUGCUUGUGGUAGUUGAACACAUGAAGCGGUGCCCGCAGCGUCCCUUUGUGUUGUGUCUGUCGAUGGUAGUGCUGUUCUGCAAGGAGCAUACCAAUCGGGUGAGUUGUCGAGCGAGUGAAAAUUUAUAGUGAUUGCAUUUAUUGCAGUAGGAUAGUUUUUUUCUUACAUUAUUUCUAACCUCUUAUGAUACAAAGCGGUCCUCCUUCUCCCUUGCUUUUUUCUCUUCCCAAGAUACUGAAUUAUUUAAAUAUUAUUCAAGUUUGUGGCAAAUUUUAAUAGUUGACGUUAACAAAGUGGUCCGUUUCCAACCCAAGGCAAACCACUCGCGACGAUUCCCACGAGUUUUGAGAUGAAAAGUAUUCAGAGCAGCAAGGGGGCAGCAUCGUCAGCGGCUAGCUUCUCACAAACAAGAACAAGACAUGCGAAGGAAAUCAAUUACGUCUCCACUUUCUCGUACCACGUAUUAUCUUCUGUUUACAAUAACGCAGCACUCGUCCUUGGCUCUAGUGUAAUCCUUGUGGGAGGCUUUUUGUUUUGUUCGAAGCGCGCGCGACGCACUGCGUUCCAGCUUUUUCGCUCUGAGAACUCCCGUGAACAACAGAUCACCACAGCAGCCGCAAGCAGCGAGGGCAAUUACGGGGCCCUGGAGAAUGCUGAAGAAGUGGACGAGGCGAUCUAG